CUUCCCUCUGCAUGGCCACUGCUCCUUGUCUGGGUGGAGGCUGGACUCGAGCUGUGGUUCACUCACCGGGCCUUGUAGCCUGGCACAGGGCUGCAUGGGGCCUGAAAACACUGUACAGGGCAACACCUGGCCCCAAGGGAUGGGCCCCCCCCCCCCAGUGGGCAGAAGCUUCCUCCAAAAUCUUCCUCCACUGACAUCUUUGAGGGCUGGAGGGGCGGUGGAUGGAGUCAAAGGGCAGUGUCUACGGUUGCAGGUCUGCCUUGAGGAGGGGUCUGGCCCCAGCUCUUGGUUCCUCUCUUUAUUUUAUUUAUUUUUGGUUUUUUUUUUUUUUUUUUUUUUGGCUCCUCUCUUUAGAAUGAGGGCUUUAGUCUCCAACUCUGAGUUUGAUUCAUCAAUUCAGGACAGCAGAAAAAUUCCUACUUGCCUGCCCCUGUUUCCGAGAAUGACAACAUGCCUGGUGACAGGGAGCCCAUCAUGGGUGACUCUGUUUGUGUCCAGCUUUUACCAUCCACUCUUUCUUUGCUCUUUCGACUUUUCUUCUGGGGUUCUCUGUGCAGAUGCAUGGUGGGUGUGGACUUUUAAGAUGGACUCCUAGCUGACCAGGGCUGGUUGGCUGGCCUCUUGGUACCAUGCGGUCACAGAAGAGGGAAAUCAAAGAACAAACAGUCCCGUGGUGUUUGGAGUCUCCCUUAGUGACACUAAAGCCUCUGUUUGAUUUCUCGCAUGGUAACAAAACCAGGAGGGGAAGGAGAGCGGUACCUGGAAUAGACUCGGGGUGUAAGGCGGGUUUCAGGUCCUGGAUAACACGCUGGAAGGGUGCACAGAAGUGAACUAAAGAUGCAGGAGGCCGUCCUCUUCCUGCUUCUCCUGGGCGCCCUGUCAGUGGGACAUGCACUACACCUAAUCCACUUACCUGCUACAAGCAAUGUGGCAGAGAAUUCUCCACCUGAGACUUCAGUGCACAAGUUUUCUGUGAAAUUAUCAGCAUCACUGUCACCUGUGAUCCCAGGGUUCCCCCUAAUCAACUCAAGUCCCCUCACUGAGGCCUUCAGGGUGAACUGGCUGUCAGACACUGACUUUGAGAUUGUCACCACCGGGAAGGAACAACUAGAUUUUGAAACAGGACCACACAUAUUUGAUUUGCAGAUCUGUGUGAAGGAUGACGUAGGUGUCACUGACCUGCAGGUCCUGACGGUCCAGGUAACAGAUGUGAAUGAGCCACCUGAGUUUCAAGGCAACUUGGCAAAAGGUCUAGACCUCUACAUAGUGGAAGGAGCAAAGCCUGGAUUCAUUUACCAGGUGGAGGCCUUCGAUCCAGAAGACACAAGUCAAAACACACCCCUCAGUUAUUUCCUGAUUUCCCCUUCAAAGAGUUUCAGAAUGUCUGCUAAUGGGACCCUCUUCUCCACAACAGAAUUUGACUUUGAAGCAGGACACAGCAGUUACCAUCUCAUCGUGGAAGUGAGAGAUCGCCAAGGGCUCAGAGCCUCCACGGAGCUGCAGGUGAACAUCGUGAACAUCAAUGAUGAGAUCCCUCGCUUUACCAGCCCAACGCACGUGUACACGAUUCCCGAGGAGCUGGGUCCAGGAGCAAUUGUGGCCAAUAUCACAGCUGAGGACCCCGAUGAUAAAGGUUUUACCAGCUUCCUCUUCUACAGCAUCACUACCGUCAACAGCUAUUUCAUGAUCAAUCAGUUGACUGGGACCAUCCAAGUAGCGCACAGGAUAGACCGAGAUGCAGGUGAAUUAAGACAAAAUCCCGCCAUAUCUCUGGAGGUUCUGGUGAAGGAUAGACCCUCUGGGGGUCAGGAGAAUCGCAAGCAGAUAACCUUCAUUGUGGAAGACAUUAAUGACAACCCCUCGACGUGCACCAAGUUCACCUUCAGAAUUAUGGUGCCUGAGAGAGCAGCCAAGGGGACGUUGCUUCUGGACCUGAACAACUUCUGCUUUGAUAAUGACAGUGAAGCACCAAACAACCAAUUCAACUUCACCACGCCAUCCGGAGUGGGGAGCAGCCGCAGAUUUUUACAGGAUCCAGCUGGCUCCGGGAAAAUCGUGUUGAUUGGUGAUCUAGAUUAUGAAAAUCCAAGUAAUCUAGCAGCCGGCAAUAAAUACACUGUGAUAAUCCAAGUGCAGGAUGUUGCCCCUCCUUACUAUAAAAAUAAUAUCUACAUUUAUAUCCUAACAAGCCCAGAAAAUGAGUUUCCUCUUGUCUUUGAUAGCCCAUCCUACGUAUUUGCCGUGUCGGAAUUAAGCCCAUCUAGAACCCGGGUUGGAAGGAUGCAAGCGGCAGAUAAAGACUUCCCCCAGAAAGGCAUCGUGUACUCCAUCUCCACCGGAGGGGCCAGCCAGCACUACCCAAAUAUAUUUUGGAUUAAUCCCCAAACGGGAGAACUCCAGCUGGUGAUUAAAGCAGACUACGAGACAACCCCCGUCUAUACUCUCAGAAUCCAGGCCACCAACAGCGAGGACAGCAGCUCAGUCACUGUUACUGUGAACAUCAUUGAAGAAAAUGAUGAAAAGCCGAUCUGUACCCCAAACUCGUACUCCCUGGCCAUCCCAGUGGAUCUGAAAGUUGGCACAAAUAUUUACAAUUUCAAGCUCACGUGUACUGACCUUGAUUCCAGCCCCAGGUCUUUUCGUUACUCCAUUGGCCCAGGCAACAUCAACAGUCAUUUCACCUUCUCUCCCAACGCCGGGUCCAAUGUUACAAGCCUGGUCCUCGCGACUCGCUUUGACUACGCCAGUGGGCUGGAUAAGAUCUGGAACUACAAACUACUUGUCUACAUAACGGAUGACAACUUGCUGUCCGACAGGAAGAGCGCUGGAGCUCUUGUUGCAACAGGCACAGUGACACUGAGUAUUAGUGUCAUUCCUCACCCAACCACGACUGUCACCACAACCCCCAGGCCCAGGAUCACCUACUGGAUCCUGAGGAAGAACGUGUAUUCUCCAUCGGCCUGGUAUGUGCCUUUUGUCAUCACUUUGGGCUCCAUGUUGCUUCUGGGUCUCCUGGUGUCCCUGAUCGUCCUGUUGGCCAAAGCCAUCCACAGACACUGUCCCUGCAAGACUGGGAAGCACAAGAAACCUCUUAAAUCGCAGUGCCUCUUUGUCAAUGGUUCCUGCUUGAUUGCAAGCUUUGGGCGGGCGGUAACCAGCCCUGCCUUGUUCACCGAUGUGUCCCGAGCAUCUAGCAGCACAGAAACAAUCCAGAUGAACACUGUCUUUGAUGGAGAAGCCACAGACCCAGUUACUGGGGCAAUAUAUGAAUUCAACACAAAAACUGGAGCCAGAAAGUGGAAAGAUCCCUUAACCCAAAUGCCAAAAUGGAAGGAGUCCAGCCCUCAGGGAGCUGCUCCAAGAAGACCUGUCACUGGGGAAGGGACCGGACCACCAAGGAGCACCCACAAGGAAGGAGAUGGGCUGAGCGACAAAGCACAGGCCAAGAAUACAGGCCCAGGGUCCAGGAGCCAGGACGGCAAGCCAAGCACCCCAAAGAGCAGAAACUCAGCCCUUCCGAGUGGGGGUUCCCCCAAACCGCACCCAGAAAAGUGA